ACGCCGAGAUCUACCCAAGAGCCAGGCCGAGGCCCGUCCAAGAACCAGGCCAAGAUCUGCCCAAGAACCAGGCCGAGACUCGUCCAAUAGUCAGGCCAAGGUGUACCCAAAGACAAGGUCAAUAUCUGUCUAAGGACCAGGCCUAGAACCGUCCUGGGACCAGACCGAGACAUGUCCUGGAUCAGAACCGAGAGCCGUCCUGGAUCAGUGCUAAGAGUCGUCCUGGAUCAGUGCUAAGAGCCGUCCUGAAUCAGAGCUGAUAGCCGUUCUAAGUCAGAGCUAAGGCUUGUCGAGUCUGUUCGCCGGUGCAAGCUGUCUCGGAUCUUCGCUCUGGAUAUGUGUAUUCUUCAUAUCGCAUCAUUUCGUGGCGUCAUAUUAUGCUACUGACAGAGUCAUAGAUAAGACUAGUUGUGCAUAAAUGGCUUAUCUCUAAGGACACCCGCAGUGCUCCUGGUUCUAGACAGUGUUGUGUUGUGAAGUUCACUAGCUUUGUCCAAUGACCGCCCAGAGCUGCAGACUGAGCGACUGGCGCCGCUAUCGGCCGGCCAUGACCACAUCAUUGUCAGAGGACGGUAGAAGGAGCAGCUCCGUCUCCGCCAGGUCCCUCGAUGAGUGGCUGGGCGGCAGCGAAGACAGCUGUCCGGUUCGAGCUCAUCCAGUGUCCGGAGGACACACUGCGGACACUGGGGCCGGAUUAGCGCAGGACACCCGGUACCAUCGACUCCUCGCGCGACAGUCAAGUUCAAAUAAGGAACCUCCGGAGCACACAAAGGAGAGAGAUUUUGGACCUCGAACCGCCGUCUCACUGUUAUUUGACUGGUCGUCGGGAAGCUCUAGUGAGGACGGCCAGCGGCCAUGCCAUCCCCAGAGGUCGGUCGGGUCUCGCAUUCGCUGUCCAAGCGGACCGGAGUCCACGCGACAGACGUACCAAUCACCUGAUCGGGUGGAUCGGGUCUGCCUCGAUGGCCGAUACGACUCAGCGCCCAGCGUCUACCCCUCGUCUGGUGGCGCCGAACGUCCCGUGCACCGACUCACCUACACCGUUCAGAACGUGCCCAAGUGUCGACGGCCGAUCGUGGUGCGCCGACAAACGCUGUGCCGACAAUCGGCCGUGCCGGGACCGCCGUCUCCAGCCGCAUCCCCGCGACCACACUGCUCCAUCCGGCUGCGGCCUCCCUCGCCAGAGAACGGGACGCCUGUGGACUCUACUGUGCCCGCGACUCAAACAGUGAGCGUGCAGCUCAGACAGGCUUCGCUGAACUCAAAUGCAGACGGUGGUCUUAGCGCGGGCCGCUACGAGCCGCUAUCUGGGCCAGAGGCGAGCGAGGAGGGUCCCCCGCCGCGGCCGCCGUGCCCGGAGAUGACUGAGGAGGAUCUACAGCCGCGGCAGACGCGCCGCCUUCUACCCCCGGUGCCUCACGCCGCCGCCGUCCGCCGGCGCCGCUGGCUGCCGGCCACGCCGCAGUCUUCCGUGGAGAGCGCUCCGGCGGCGCUGGGCCGACGCGGCGCGCCGUCCCCGGCAGCCAGCUCGCCCUGUCUGGCGGCGGCCAGCGACACGGAACCAACACCGGCCGGCCGACCGGGCCAGUAUUUCCGCUACUCGCACCUGCUCAUCUUCCCGCUGCAAACACUGGACGGACCCGCCGGCCUCCGUCAGUGGAGGCCACCGUCAUCGGAGGCGUCACCGGAACCGUCAUCAAAACCGUCAUCGGAGCCGUCAUCAAAGCUGUCGCCGGAUUCGUCGCCGGAGCGAUCUCCACCCUCGCGAGUUUUAUCCCAGCCACGAGAGUCUGAGAGGUCGGAGCCCUCCCCACCGGCCGUCGCUCAGCCUUCUGCAGAGGUUUCUAAACGACCGAAACGUCAUAUUCUGCCGUUGAAGCUGACCAAAAGUCUACCCUCCAUUCUAAUCAAAGAACCAGAGGACGGCUCAAGUAAAGCCGCCAGUGUUGAUGCAAAUUCGCCAGCGCCGGCGGCGACCCGUCAGGCUCGUCCCAGUCUCUGCGGUUACGACCCGUACGACCCGUACCGACCCGUACGGCGCAAACGGCCCCGGUCUCCGCCCGUACACAAGCAUAGAACACGAUCCAGGUCACUCUUCAACUUGGAGUGGAAACUACUGAAGGCGCUGGAGAGGCGGGCGUUCCAGCCGCCGCUGCGGGCGUGGCGUUCUGGCAUCGACGUGACGUCACUGGGCAGCUCCAGCUCGGCGCCGUCUCUCUCCACCAAUGGUCAUCUGCUGCACGUGGAUUCAGUCAGUAACGAUGAACGCUGGAGCAGUGGUCAGUUGGAGGUCGCCGGGGCGUACGACCGGCUCAACAAAAAGCUCACUGUCAGGGUGGUGCAGGCCAGAGGCGUGCUGAGCAGGCGAGAGAGCCAGAGCUACACACAGGUGGAGCUAGCCCUGCUACCGGAGAAGAAACAGAUAUUCCUGAGCAAACUGCAGUAUGGCGAUAACCCUCGCUUCAACCAGACCUUCGUCUUUCACAACAUACAGCCAGAGGCCCUGCGGGAGUCGGCGGUGCGGCUGCGACUCCUGGCCAGUGACCGUCUGCGGCGGCACCAGACUCUGGGCGAGGCCGUUCUGCCCUGCACCCCGGAGAGACUGCAGCGCCAUACCUCGAUCUGGCUCUCUCUGAGGCCGCACGUCAACAGCGGGCGGGCGGUGGGGCGCGGUAGCGGCGCCGCCAGUCCAGUGGUGACCAGUGCCGGCAGCGCUCGCACCCUGCCGCGCUGGGGCGCUCCCGGCCUGCUGCUGGGUCUGCAGUACAGCCGCACCACGGGCCGACUCGCCGCAGAGGUCGUCAAAGGAUCCCACUUCAGGUCAAACUCUGGCAGCCGUGCGCCCGACACCUAUGUUCGCUUACUUCUGGUGAGCAGCAGCGGCAGCGAACUGGCCAGUGGGAAAACAUCCGUACGCAGGGCACAGAUCAACCCGCUCUUCAGAGAGACUCUGAUGUUCCAGCUGCCGCUGUUUCAGUUUUCGGAUGUCUCGCUUAUAGUAAGUGUCUACAACAAGCGGACAAUGCGCAAGCGGGACCUGAUUGGAUGGUUCGGGCUGGGCCACAGCAGCACCAGCAGUGAAGAGCACCGCCACUGGGCGGACGCCCGCGACGCCCAGGGUGUACAAAUCUGUCGGUGGCAUCUGCUCUCCGCGGAAUGAAUCAAAAACAGUCGUGCUAAAUUAUGGUCAUAUUUGUUUGUGUGUGAUUUAAAGGUGACUCAUGACGCUCAAAAAAGUAUGUGUCUAUUGGAUGGUUAAAACGGUGCUGGUGUUUCUUCAGUGUUAUUUACCUAAUUGUUAGACAGGUCAAGUUAAAACUUGAAGCUUUCUAUAGGCUGAAUGCAUGUUUGCUGUGAAGUGGCUAUGAAACUAUUUCGUAGCUCAAAAUAUCUGCGUCAUUAAUCGUGAAUAUUGUAUGUGCCUGAGUGGAUUUUAAGAUUAUAUUAUCUCUACUGUUAAUUAUUAUACCAUGUGUAGGCAUUUGUGAAUAUGGAAUGCAUCACGAUGUGUGCUAACGUAGGUAAUGGUAUGCUGUGUGUUGCGUCUAGUCUGCUGCGUAUUAUAGUUAAGUUGCGUUGCUUCUCAGGUCCUCAGCUUAUAUAUUAUCAAUACAACUUGUCAGUUAA